GGCGGAGGCCGGCGGGCACGCCCUUCGCGCCAUUGCGGCUUUGAGUCGAACAGAACAAAGGCGUCUUGCAGUUGGUGUUCUGUGUGUGCGCGUUUCAUACCUCGUUGGGAGGACGGAGGCCUAGUUGGUUAAGAAUAUAAGCAUUUUUUGGAAAUCAUGUUUGCCGACAUGAAGCGUGGAGUUGCCCGGGGAAGAUUCAGUGGUUUAAGGUCUUACGAUUUUGAAAGAGGAAGCCUUGAUAGGUAUUCUGAAGAGGAGCUGAGAGAUCCACCAUUGUCACGUAUUUCAGGGGAAAUGAAUGUUGGCUUCUCUCAUGGACGUUUUGGAGGAUCAUCCUUGAGAUCAUUUGAUUCCUUUGAAGGCAGUCGAAGUGAAAGGUUUGGACCUUACGAGUCUUAUGACUCCGGGUCUGCUCAGGGUGGCCGUGAUCUGUACAGAUCUGGCUUUGGAAGUAAUUUUGGUGGCGGAUUUGACAGCUCCUUCCAGAAUAACUGGGAGCCAUCUUACCCACGGUCGAAUUUAAGGUCUGGGUUUUUGGAUAAUGGGGGAAGAGAAGGUUACUCUUCCUACAGCAGUUUUUCUUCACCCCAUAUGAAGCCUGCACCCGUAGGCUCUCGGGGGAGAGGAAUGCCUGCUUAUCCUCAAAACAGUUUUGGAGGUAGAAGCCUUGAUCUGGGAGGACCAACAACAGUCAGAGGCCGAGGCAGAGGACCAAUGGGGCAAUUUAUGAAUCCCAGCCCAGGACUUGUGAUUGACUAUCAAAACCAGGCCAGUAUGAGGGGAGUAAAGAGGAAGAUGGCUCCUACCAGACCUGAUAUCUUUAUCAAAAAGCAAAAAUUGACCAAACCUUCUUCAAACACAAAGAAUAAUCAGGAAGAUGCUGCAGAGCAGUCCAACACUACCAUGACCAGCAACGACGAUGUGGUGCAAACUCUUGAACCCAGAUUGAUUCAGAGGAAUCUUGAAUGCCCCUGGUACACUGAUGAGCUUCGGGAGCUCAAGACCUUGGGUCGCAGGCUGGAACGUCAGUGGAGAUCAUCUGGUCUCGAUGUUCACAAGGAGAACUGGGCAGCACACCUCCGACAGUACAGACAGGCACUUGCUGCUGCUAGGGAAAAGUACUACUCUCAAGAGAUCAUUAAAGAGGAAGAUAUUCCAGAAAUGAUCCACUCUCCUUCCACAUCCUCAACUUCUUCUUUGUGUGGCCAAGAUAAUGCAGAUUUAAUUCAAGGAGUGAAGACUACUACAGAGGGAGAUGGUGCUGUAGAAGGAUCAGGAGCUGGGGAUGCAGGAAAAAUUGAAGAUGAAGAGCAAAGGAAACUAGAGUCAAGAAGGGAGAAACAAAGGCGCAGGAGGGAGAAAAACAAUGAGAAAUAUGGGGAUGGAUACAGGCUUGCUUUCACAUGUUCAUUUUGUAAAUUCCGAACAUUCGAGGAAAAGGAUAUUGAAAAUCACUUUGAAAGUACAUCCCAUCAGGAGACACUAGAUUACAUUCAGAAGCAGGCCAAAUUUGAUGAAGUCGUAAUAAAAUUCCUGCAUGAAUCCAUGGUCAACAAAUUCAAAAAGACAGUAAGUCGCAAACUUUUGAGUUCACAUCCAGAACAGACUCCUGAAGAAGCUCAUAAAGAGUUAAUGGAAGGAGUUACAGAAGAAGACUAUAUGAGAAAAGUUGACAUGGUACAUUGUAAUGCUUGCCAUGCUUAUGUUCCAGCUGUUGUGUCUUCAGUUCAACAACAUAUAAAGUCGAAUGAUCAUCUGAAGAAUAAAGUGCUAUACAAAGAACAGUUGAAGAAAGAAAGUGUCCUAACAGCUACAAGCAUCUUGAAUAAUCCAAUUGUGAAAGCCCGCUAUGAAAAAUAUGUUAAGGGUGAAAAUCCAUUUGAAGAGCCACAGGAGCAAGAACAAGAGCAAGAACAAGAGCGAGAGCGAGAACGAGAACAAGAACAAGAACAAGAGCAGAAGCAGGAGCAGGAUCAGGAUCAGAAGCAGGAACAAGAGCAGGAGCAGCAGGAAGAUAAUGAACAGAAUGACGCUGCAGAGGAGACGGUGUUAUUUACUGGUGAUGAGGCUACUGAACCAGCAAGUGAAAUGAAUUAGGUUCAAAGAAACAUUUUAAAAUUGGAUGUGUAUGUACCAUUUUGUGUUCUGCAGAAAAAUGUUUUAUAGUGUAGUACUGGUAGUAAAGCUGCUAAUGAAGUCAGAUCUGUACCCAAGUAGUGAAUCUCCUUUUGUUGUAAGCUAUGUGGAUGUUUUUUUUUUCUUUCUACAGGUAGGUUUAGCGCAUGCAGACUAAAAUAUUGCAUGGCUAUUAGAAGUUUUCCUUUUUGUUAAAUACUGUGUAAUUUAAAACAUUUUGGCAAGGUUGCAUUCAGGGCAUCUCUUCUUUUCAAAACUUUCCAUAAUUUUAUUAAGUUUUCUUUAAUGGUGGGUCCUUUGCAAAUAUUUUAAAUUUAGUACUCUGCUUUGAAGGUUUGUCCAAAAUUGUUUUCAAGUAAACCUAGGUUAUCUCUGGUUAGAUGUUACAGGAAAUAACUGUAUCUGAACUCAUUGUUUGUAAACUUCUAUAGUUUGGCUGAAAUUAAGAGAAGAUCGAGAAAAUGUGCAAGAUAUAGCUUCCAAUAUUUUUAUUCUGUUUUUACUUUCAUUCUUAUUUUAAUUGCCAAUAAAUGUAAUAUUUCCAA